GAAAUGAACGACUGAGAAUUUUUAGGGUUUUCGUCUCGCGGCCGCUGAGAAAGCAGAGGAAAGAGAGAGGGAGACGCCAAAGCAGGAGGGUGGAGAGGUGUCUGCGCCUCGAGCAGAAGAGGAAGGUCGGUGGGAAUCUCGCGAGAGCUGUUGCGGCUGAUUAUGAUAAUUGAUUGAGAAGGUGGCAGAAGUGAGAAGCAGAAACAGAAGGGAAGAGAGAAGAGGGAGAGCGAAAAGACAAAAAAAAAAAAAGGAGAAAAGAAGAAAAAGAGAGACAGCAUUCUGGCUCACGCGUGUGAGUGAGGAGCACAGGAGAAAGAGACGCAGUAGACAGGUGUGAUUAAGGGACACACAGGAAGGAGGAGAGAGCAUGCUGCUAUAAAGAUCAUUCAGUAUAAGAAGAAGAGCAGGAAGGGAAGAGAAAAGAGGGGAAAGUCGAGGGAGGCAGGAAAGGAGAGCAGAGAGUGAAAGCAGGAGAAGCAGAGACACGGCAGAAGAGAGUGCAGCAAUCAGAAAAGAGGGAAAGAGCCAGCCAAGAUGUCGUCGACGCUGCUGGAGGUGACUCGUGCGGCUCAUGAGGAGAUGGAGCGACUUGAACGGCUCAUCGUGAAGGAUCUGCAGACUGACCCAACCACGAAUAAGGACCGCUUGUUCCAGAGCCACCGAGUUCGUAACAUGAUAGAUACCAUCACUGUCACUACUGAGAAACUUAUUGAUAUCUAUGAAGAUAAAGAUAGUGCAAGGAAGGAUGAGAUUGCGGCUCUUGGUGGCCAAACUGCAACUGGGACAAAUGUGUUUAGUGCAUUUUAUGAUAGAUUGAAAGAGAUUCGUGAAUACCAUAGAAAGCAUCCUGCUGCUCGUGUUGUUGAUGCUAAUGAGGAUUAUGAGGCACUUCUUAAGGAGGAACCCGUGAUUGAGUUCAGUGGAGAGGAAGCAAUGGGGCGAUACCUAGACAUGCAUGAAUUGUAUAAUCAGUACAUUAAUUCCAAAUUUGGAGAACCAAUUGAAUACUCCGCAUACCUUGAUGUUUUUUCAGAACCAGAUAAAAUUCCUCGCAAGCUGAAGUUUACAAGGCAGUAUAAAGAAUAUAUGGAAAACCUACUGGAGUAUUUAAUAUACUUUUUUCAAAGGACAGAGCCAUUGCAAGAUCUUGAUAGAAUAUUUUCAAAGGUUGUGACUGAUUUUGAAGAGCAAUGGGAAAAUUUUCAGGACACGCCUUUAGAAAAACUAGAUAAGAAACAUUUUACUAAAAGUUCAUGGGGAUUGGAACACAAUGGCCUGGCUGCACCUCCACAGGAAGUUAACAACUCAAAGGAUAUUGCCUUGAUGGAGGCCAAGAUGAGAAAGCUCUGUGAUUUAUUGGAUGAGACAAUUGUACGAACAAAAGAAAAUGUCGAGAAGAAACAGGCAUUAACAUAUGAGGAAAUGGAAGCAGAACGUGAGGAGGAAGAGACUCAGGUUGACACUGAAAGUGACGAUGAAGACCAACAGAUAUAUAAUCCCCUUAAAUUGCCUAUGGGUUGGGAUGGGAAGCCUAUACCUUAUUGGUUAUAUAAGCUUCAUGGUCUUGGCCAGGAAUUUAAAUGUGAGAUAUGCGGAAACUACAGUUACUGGGGACGUAGGGCUUUUGAGCGACAUUUUAAGGAAUGGCGCCAUCAACAUGGAAUGCGUUGCCUUGGUAUUCCCAAUACGAAGAAUUUUAAUGAGAUAACAUCCAUUGAGGAAGCAAAGGAAUUGUGGAAAAGGAUACAAGAACGGCAGGGAGUUAAUAAGUGGCGUCCGGAUCUUGAGGAAGAAUACGAAGACCAGGAGGGUAACAUUUACAACAAAAAAACUUACACUGAUUUGCAACGCCAAGGACUGAUCUGAGAUAGACGUGAGCUCCAAGUUUUAUAACUUGAACAAAUUGGAUACUAAGGAUCGGAUAUAAGGACAGACUUAGGAGAUAGCUAUGAAUUUUGAUGAAUUAAUGAGUAUUUCCUUGUAAAUUUGGGAUGCCAAAUGUUCCUCCGUUCCUCUAGUUAGAAUUAAAAUACAGCUUGUUUGUCAGUUCCCGUAUGUGAAUGGUGUACCCUUUUGUGGUUGAACUCAUAAUACUGAGGGCAUCCUUUUUUCCAUUCUAAUGUUUCUUUCGGCUUGAGCGGAGAGCCCGUGUUUGCAUUGAGAAAAGUUAAGAGGAAAGUAAAGAAAA